ACGGCGCUGCGUCUUCUGUCUCGUGCGGGUGGUAACCGGUCCGUCGAAGCGGACUGCUCUGCUCUGCUCUCUCUUGCUCCGACGUCGGACGGUCGGAGAGCGGGGGCGUUGGCCUCGAGUUUGCGUGCUUUGGCUGGUGUCGCCGGAGCUUUUUCUUUUGCCAGGGCGCGCUUGUAGCUGGGAAGUUGAGUGAGGGACUAAAGUUUCGAUUUUUAGGCGCGCGCGCGCGAGGGAGGGAGAGCGGGAAGAGGGGAAAUGGAACCCAAGUGGCGGAGCGCUCAGUUCUUGGCUGCGGUUCUGGUCGUUCUUGCAGCUUUUUUGGCGGUCUCCGCUGAGCGUCGACUGCGGCCAGUGGGGGCGGUGGCAGAGGCUGUUGAAGCUGAGGAGGUCGGACUGUCCGAUUACGUACUUAUGGUGGUCGACUUCUUGUGGAAGCCGAAGGAAUCCUCCUACCAACACGUUUGGCCGUCUAUGAAAUUUGGGUGGCAAAUCGUGGUCGGAACCAUCAUCGGAUUCUUGGGUUCAGCCUUUGGAAGCGUCGGAGGAGUCGGGGGUGGUGGAAUAUAUGUUCCCAUGCUCACUCUCAUCAUUGGAUUCGACGCUAAGUCUUCCACAGCCAUAUCAAAAUGUAUGAUCAUGGGUGCUGCCGGAUCAACAGUUUGGUACAACCUCAAGCUUAGGCAUCCAACUCUGGACAUGCCGAUCAUCGACUACGAUUUGGCUUUGCUUUUCCAACCAAUGCUUAUGCUGGGGAUUAGUAUUGGAGUCGCUUUCAAUGUUAUCUUUGCGGAUUGGAUGGUCACUGUUCUUCUGAUUAUCCUCUUCAUAGGUACAUCAACUAAGGCAUUUUUGAAGGGUGUUGAGACAUGGAAGAAAGAAACAAUUAUGAAGAGAGAGGCAAAGAUGCAUAAAGAGUCAAAUGUAGGAAGUGAAGAAAUAGAAUACAAAGCCCUCCCAUCUGGUCCUGGGAAUACAAGUACAGAAGAGGAGAAGGUUCUACGAAAAGAGGUUCCAAUCCUGGAAAAUGUUUGCUGGAAGGAGCUUGGUCUCGUUUGCUUUGUAUGGGUAGCUUUCCUUGUCCUCCAAGUUGUAAAGCAAAAUUAUACAACAACAUGCUCUCUGUGGUAUUGGAUUCUGAACUUUCUUCAGGUUCCUGUAUCACUGGUAGUAGCAGGAUAUGAAGCCGUUAACUUAUACAAGGGAAAGAGAGCAAUCUCAUCAAGGGGGGAUGAAGAAACAGGUUUUACAGUUUUGCAGCUCGUUUUCUACUGCUUCAUCGGUGUCCUUGCCGGUGUAGUUGGAGGGCUUCUUGGACUUGGAGGAGGUUUCAUUUUGGGUCCUGUUUUCUUGGAACUCGGUGUUCCUCCUCAGGUCUCAAGUGCCACCGCAACUUUUGCAAUGACAUUUUCUUCAUCCAUGUCUGUUGUGGAGUAUUACCUUUUGAAGCGAUUCCCCGUCCCAUAUGCAUUAUAUUUAGUGGCGGUCUCACUAGUUGCCGCAUUCGUUGGCCAACACAUAGUGAGGAAGAUUAUCGAAAUACUGGGGAGAGCUUCUAUCAUUAUCUUCAUUCUUUCUUUUACAAUUUUCGUCAGCGCUAUCUCUCUCGGUGGGGUGGGCAUUUCCAACAUGAUUUACAAGAUUGAGCAUCACGAGUACAUGGGAUUCGAAGAUCUCUGCACAUAUGAAGUGUAGAUGAGGAUGGAGCCAUUCCCAUUGGUAUUUCUUGAGAUAUUUCCAUCGCGUAUUUUGGGAAGAAGAAACUACCAUGCUAUUCUCUUUGCAUCACUAGUUAUAUGGAUGCAAGAAUUGCACUAGAAACAAUAGUCUUGUUUGUCAAAAAAAAAUUUCUUCCUUUCGAUCCUAUUGGUAUUAUGCCAGGACCUUGAGAUAUAAUGUCAAUAAAGUUUCUUCUUUCUGUGUGCUAUUA